CUUUUUUAUUAUCCAUUCUAUAAAGUAAAUUUAUCUAUUGAACUAUGAUCUAUAAAAUAUGUAAAGAAUGUGAAAAAGAAAAUAAUAAAAAUAGAUGGUGUAAAGAAUGUAAUACAAAACAUUUUCAGCAAAAUUUUAAAAAUUGGACUAGUGGUAAUAAUGAUAUUGACAAAUUUAUUCAAGACACUCAACUAUCAGCAACUAAUUAUGAGAAAGUUUUAGAGUGGAUACCUUACAAUAAAUUAUAUGAUAUUGAAUAUAUUGCGAAAGGCGGUUUUGGAAAAGUUUAUAAAGCAAAAUGGAUUGAUGGAUAUAUUAGAAGUUGGGAUAUAAAUGAAAAUUGGAAACGAGAUUGUUCCAAUUGGCUUGUAGCACUGAAAAGUUUAAAUAAUUCAGAAAAUGUUACAUCAGAAUUUAUCAAUGAGAUAAAAAUGCAUUGUAUGGCUAGAGAAUACCAAACAGUUUCUGUUAUUAGAGUUUAUGGAAUUACACAAGACCCAGAAACAAAAAAUUACAUGAUGGUUUUGCCAUAUGCGGAGGAUGGAAGUUUAAGAGCUUAUUUAGAUAAAAAUUAUCAUGAAUUAUCUUGGGAAACUAAGAUAGGAUAUUUACACCAUAUUACAUCCGGACUUAAGAGUAUUCAUAAUAAUGGACUAACUCAUCGAGAUUUACAUAUUGGGAAUAUACUUAGUUUUGGUUUUGUAUCUCAAGUUAUGAUAACUGAUAUGGGAUUAUGUAAACCUGCAGAUUAUAAUGCAUCGGAAAAUCCAAAAAACA